AUUGGCAAAAAGACUUUGGUGAAAAGCAGAUUGAUCAUUUGUAUACUCUCUGGGUUGUUGAGGCUAAAGCACUUAAAUUAGCAUUUUCAACAACUAUGACUAAAACAAUUGAUAAAGAAUUACAAGAAUCAUUAAAACAGGAACAUAAUAUGCUUAUUACA